AUGGGAGAUAAUGUGAGCGACAGCUGUACGGCUAUGGGAGAUGAUGUGUGCGACAGCUGUACGGCUAUGGGAGAUGAUGUGUGCGACAUCUGUACGGCUAUGGGAGAUGAUGUGUGCGACAGCUGUACGGCUAUGGGAGAUGAUGUGUGCGACAUCUGUACGGCUAUGGGAGAUAAUGUGUGCGACAGCUGUACGGCUUUGGGUGAUAAUAUGUGCGACAUCUGUACGAAUAUGGGAGAUGAUGUGUGCGACAGCUGUACGGCUUUGGGUGAUAAUGUGUGCGACAUCUGUACGGCUAUGGGAGGUGAUUUGUGCGACAGCUGUACGGCUGUGGGUGAUAAUGUGUGUGACAGUUUUACGGCUAUGAGAUAUCAUAUGUGCGACAGUUGUAUGGCAAUGGGAGAUAAUGUGUGCGACAGCUGUACGGCUAUGGGAGAUAACGUGUACGACAGCUGUACGGCUAUGGAGAUAAUGUGUGCGACAGCUCUGUACGGCUAUGGAGAUAAUGUGUGCGACAGCUGUACGGCUUUGGGUGAUAAUGUGUGCGACAUCUGUACGGCUAUGGGAGAUAAUGUGUGCGACAGCUGUACGGCUAUGAGAGAUAAUGUGUGCGACAGCUGUACGGCAAUGGGAGAUAAUGUGUGCGACAGCUGUACGGCUAUGGGAGAUAAUGUGAGCGACAGCUGUACGGCUAUGGGAGAUAAUGUGUGCGACAGCUGUACGGCUAUGAGAGAUAAUGUGUGCGACAGCUGUACGGCAAUGGGAGAUAAUGUGUGCGACAGCUGUACGGCUAUGAGAGAUAAUGUGUGCGACAGCUGUACGGCAAUGGGAGAUAAUGUGUGCGACAGCUGUACGGCUAUGAGAGAUAAUGUGUGCGACAGCUGUACGGCAAUGGGAGAUAAUGUGUGCGACAGCUGUACGGCUAUGGGAGAUAAUGUGAGCGACAGCUUUACGGCUAUAGGAGAUGAUAUGUUGGACAGAUAUACGGGAAUGGGAGAUUAUAUGUAG